AGGUCGGGUAGUGACAGCCAUCUCUGCUCUGUCAGCAGAGCAUUAUUGCUGAGGUUUACUUAAACGGGAGCGGAAAAAAGCAGAUAACACAAUGAUGAACUUUCGGGUUAUGCAAGUGGUGCGAUGCCCUACAGAUGAGCUUUCAUUGACCAACUGCGCUGUCAUCAAUGAGAAGGAGCCACAGAUUGAACAACAUGUGAUUGUACGCAACUCAACCCACAAGUUUCUAUUCACCUUGAGGAAGCAUCCGAGUGUUACCUCUGGAGCCCUCGCCUUCAGUCUGCCACAGCGAAAAUGGGCAGGCCUUUCAAUUGGACAAGAGAUUGAAGUAACAAACUACAAGUUUGAUAGGACCAAACAGUGUAUAAGCACCAUGAUGCUGGAGAUAGACUUCCUCCAGAAGAAAAACGUGGACAGCAAUCCAUACGACUCUGACAAGAUGGCCAUGGAAUUCGUCCAGCACUUCAACAACCAAGCCUUCAGUGUGGGCCAGCAGCUGGUGUUUAGUGUCUUUGAUAAGCUCUUUGGCUUGGUGGUAAAAGAUAUUGAGGUCAUGGACCCCAGCAUCCUGAGGGGAGAAAAUGCCCCUGGAAAGAAACCGGAGGCUGGCAUUGGUUUGUUGGUGGGAAACAGUCAGGUGAUUUUUGAAAAGUCAGAGACCUCAUCCAUGACCCUUGUUGGUAAAGCCAAGACAAGGGGGUCUCGUCAGUCCAUCAUCAACCCAGAAUGGAAUUUUGAGAAGAUGGGAAUUGGUGGCCUUGACAAAGAGUUCUCUGACAUAUUCCGAAGAGCUUUUGCCUCUAGAGUCUUCCCUCCUGAUAUUGUGGAACAGAUGGGCUGUAAGCAUGUGAAGGGAAUCCUGCUGUACGGACCCCCAGGUUGCGGUAAAACCCUGAUGGCACGACAGAUUGGCAAGAUGCUCAAGGCCCGGGAGCCAAAGAUUGUCAACGGCCCCGAGAUUCUCAACAAAUACGUCGGGGAAUCUGAAGCUAAUAUCAGGAAGCUUUUUGCAGACGCUGAGGACGAACAGAAGAGGCUUGGUGCCAACAGCGGCCUUCACAUCAUCAUCUUUGAUGAGAUUGACGCGAUCUGUAAGCAGCGUGGCAGCAUGGCAGGCAGCACAGGAGUCCAUGACACUGUCGUCAACCAGUUGCUGUCUAAAAUUGAUGGAGUGGAGCAGCUCAACAACAUCCUGGUCAUAGGUAUGACCAACAGGCCAGACCUGAUCGAUGAGGCCUUGUUGAGACCAGGAAGACUGGAGGUUAAGAUGGAGAUUGGGUUACCGGAUGAGAAGGGUCGCAUUCAGAUCCUCAACAUCCACACAGCAAAAAUGCGUCAGCACGACCUGCUGACCGGUGAUGUAGACAUCAAGGAGCUGGCUGUGGAGACUAAGAACUACAGUGGUGCUGAACUGGAGGGUCUGGUCAGAGCUGCACAGUCCACUGCCAUGAACAGACACAUAAAGGCCAGCAACACUGUAGAGGUAAACAUUGAGACGGCAGAGAAGCUACAGGUCAGCCGACUUGACUUCAUGGCCUCGCUGAAUAACGACAUCAAACCUGCGUUUGGUACUAACCAAGAGGACUAUGCCAGCUACAUCAUGAAUGGUAUCAUUCGCUGGGGUGACCCGGUGUCGGCAGUGCUGGAGGAUGGGGAGCUGCUGGUUCAACAAACAAAAAAUAGCGACCGGACACCGCUCGUCUCUGUUCUUCUGGAAGGUCCACCUAACAGUGGUAAAACAGCAUUGGCAGCUAAGAUUUCAGAAGACUCCCAGUUCCCAUUUAUCAAGAUCUGUUCCCCCGACAAAAUGAUCGGGCACUCAGAGAUCGCUAAAUGCCAAGCCAUCAAAAAGAUAUUUGAAGAUGCCUAUAAAUCCCAGUUGAGCUGUGUGGUUGUGGAUGACAUUGAACGCUUGUUGGACUAUGUUCCAGUCGGCCCUCGUUUCUCCAACCUGGUGUUACAAGCUUUGCUGGUGUUGCUGAAGAAACCUCCUCCAAAGGGUCGUAAGCUGCUGAUCAUUGGCACCACGAGUCGAAAAGAUGUCCUCCAGGAAAUGGAGAUGUUGGAUGCUUUCAGCACCACGAUCCACAUCCCCAACAUCUCGAGGGGAGAACAGUUGGUUGAGGCUUUGGAGCUGCUGGGCAGUUUCCAGGAGAAGGAGCGGGCCAUGAUCGCAAAGGCAGUCAUGAACAAAAGCCUGUGGAUUGGGAUUAAAAAAUUGCUAAUGCUGAUUGAGAUGGCUGCGCAGAUGGAUCGUGACCACAGAGUGAGCAAGUUCCUGAGUCUGUUGAGAGAUGAAGGAGCACUGGGUUCUGAUAAGUUUGUGGCGAUAUAGACUUGGAGGAGCCACAGUGAAAAGAGGCAUCCUUCAGUGAACCACAGCGGCUAAAAGCCAGAAAUUCCUGAGCAACUCCACCACCAAGGAGGCCAUGGAAGCCACAGAUAAAGUUUACUCAUGUUUGGUUGGAGGCAACUCAUAUUUUCCCACCCUCAGUGAUAACAAAUAAUGAACUGAAAAAUGAAUAGAAUUGCCAUUUUUUGGACCCACAGGGCUUGUGUUAUGUCACUCAUAUCAGUAUUUGGAGAGGUUUGUUAUCAUCACUAAAGACGAUUCUUUUGCAACUCUGGGAAAUGUUUGAAUGUACGUACGCAAUACACUGAAACUACUGUAUAAUUGCUUAAUAUUAUACAUUUUUAAUACAUUUUAGACAUUUAGUUUGUUACUGUUCAUCCCCGUAGGCUGUUGAUAAAAAAUAUGUAGUCUGCUGUUGGCAAAACUCCUGUUUUGAUUUGAUUUGCCAUUUCUCUCUAUCAGUUACACGUAUUAACUCACGCGCUGUGUUUAUCGUCUAUUUUCCUCUAAAUGGGAACAAAAUGAACAUUAUGUUCUAUGAAAAACGUUUACAGUCAAGUGAGAAUUAGACUUAUUUUCCUAUUAUUUUCCAUUAUAUUUUUUUUUAUAUCCAACUGAGUCACCCCCUGGUGGCUAACUGCUACAUGCCUGAAAGGCUACAUCCGUUUUCAUACACACUAUGUUAAUUUCCCUGUAAAAAAAAAAAAAAGAUACAGUUUUCAACUGAAUACCCAGUUUUCCUCUGAACCCGUGCAAGAUUGGAUGACAUGCCAUCCCCAGGUUGGGCAUCCCUGCUCACCCUGGCAAGACUAAGUAGGUCCUCCACAACAUGGUCCUGUGAGCUCCGUGCCCCAGGAGUGCUGGCUGUUAGCCAAGGCUAGCGCUGCUCCUGCUACCUGCUGGGCCCAUCAAUCCGCCUUUGUUUCCCUUGUGUCACACUGUAUUAUCCACACAAAGGGCCCAGCGACUCGCGCCCCCACAGUCCCGUUCUGCCCAGAGCUGGCAUUCCCCAAACUCCCUUGCUCCCCUCCCCUGUCCCUCCACCAGCACCCUGAGCUGAAAUCCCAUACACCACCACCCUCCACGGGACCUCAGCCCCCCUAUUUCCUAGACCACCACCACCAUUGCCAACACACGGCUUAUCACAGGGGCUGGUGCUGGUGGUAGGUAGCUAUCCCUCUCCAAACUCAAACACUUCCAUUUAUCGUUCCCCAAACAACAUUUCCCACUCUUCCUUCCUUCCCUCCUUCCUUACCUCCUUCACUUCCCUAUCCCAAAGUGCACACCCAGGCUAGGUUUGGAGAGAUCCCCUUUCAGCCUGUUUUCAUGACAGAGUCAAAAGGGCGUGUGAAUGGGGCGUCCGUGGGAGCUGGACUGUGUGAGGCGAUCACUGGUCUUCAUGCACAGUAGGGGUUGAGCGGAGCCCCCCGGCCCUUUUCUAUUGCCUGUAAUCUCAUUUGGCCUCCCCUCUCCCUUUUAUUUGACGGUGGAGCUUGGACUGCUCACACUGCCCAUUUCUGCCCAGAUUCCUUCCCCUCUGACACACAGGGUAAUUCAUUUCCAAUCAACAGCCUCACUCACAACACACAAACCUCUACCUUUUUAAUUAGGGACCGCAAAUACCAAUUACCUCCACCUUUUGUUUCCUAUUGUCGGGUAGAGUUGGAUGUUGGAUGUGGACAACUACUGGUGCUGUCUGUGAAGUGACUGAUGGAUGUGUCCAGUAUAUCAUCUUUGCAUGUCUGGUUUUGUUGCUGCAUUUGCCACGUUGACCCUCUUACAUGAGUAAACAUGGUUGAGGGGGGGGGGAACUGGAAAAAAAGUCUUUGCCUCUACAGAAAUACGUGAUGCUAGAGGUGAAGAUACGUGGAAGUUCAAUAAUGUGUCAGUGCUUGUACCUGCAUUUAUUCCUUACUGCAGCCAGGAAAGGCGUAUAUUAUUGUAAUUGCCCAAGCUAGUCAGCAGAAGCCCAGAACACAGGCAGUGCUAAGCCUUAGGGUGGAAAAGUGGUAAAUGCUACGUUUUGUAUCAGCUUGCAACAGCCUCAGUUACAAAGCCAUAUUUUAUAGGUGGGUGUUGUUUGGCACAGACACAUUUAGAUCAUAAUUCAUUUCAUACUUUGAGCUGAAGAUUCGCGUGUACAUCAUUACAGAAUACAGCAGUGAGUAGUCAUGGGAGGCCUCCUUUCUUUUUCUUGUAUUUGUACUUGAAGUU